GUUCAGGAAGUCAGACUGCCAGCUUCCUCUCCUCGGGAAAAGGCACCUGUGCCACCUUGGACAGCCUUGAGGGAAAAUCCAAGGUGACCUGGAGGAAACCCUGCCUGGUAGAACUUGGGAUUUGUACCAUUAUCAUAUGGCUGUACCACAGAAUAUAAAUGAACCUUCAAAUUUACCACCUCUGAGCAAUGGCUGUGAUGAACAGUCAAGACUCUCGGUUGGGCUGGGAGUAUUAGAUUUUGUGUAUCGCCAGGAGGAGCUGAGAGUGAAAGGGAUACAGUGGCAGACUAGUGAGUCUGGUGAACUGUGUCCCCCUUUGCUGUCUCGCUUUGAUUGUGUCCUCCAGUCAUCUUGGAAACAACGGAUGGAACAAGGAUUGUUUCGUUACUGCCUUGGGGAACUGCAGACCCAAAUCCUACCUGGCCCUCUGGGUUUUGUGGCUCAGCUGAAUGUGGAGCGAGGUGUACAGAGAAGACCCCCUCAGAACAUCCAGAGUGUGAGGCAGGCAUUUGACCCUCAGCAGUUCCAUUUCAAUAAGAUCCAACCAGGAGAAAUCCUCUUCCACCUGUGCCGAGAUCCAGGCUUUCCAAUGGCUCUCCAGUGCACUGAGGUCCUGGUAAUUAUCAAUGUCAGUCCCUUGGAAUGGGGACAUGUGCUUUUUGUGCCAGAGCCCACCCAAGGGCUACCACAGAUUCUCAUGCCAGACCCAUUACAAUUUGGGAUAGAGGCUGUCAUGCUUAGCACUCACCCAGGCUUCCGUGUGGGCUUCAACAGCCUAGGUGGCUUGGCUUCUGUCAACCACUUACAUCUGCAUGGCUACUAUCUAGCCCACAAACUGCCAGUAGAGACAGCUCCAAGCCAGCCACUAGAUCCCAAUGGUCAUAUCCACCUACUAGAAGGACUCCCAGCCCCUGGCUUCCUAUUUUUUGUUGAUGAGCCAGGACCAAAGUUGGAGGCAUUGGUAGGCAGGGUCUGUCAAGUCACCAACUACCUGGCUGACCAGGAGAUUGCACAUAACUUAUUUGUGACCCGAGGGGCCCCGCCUGGAAACCCACCAUCCUCAUUGACCUAUUCUGGUAUCCGGGUCAUCCUUUGGGCCCGGAAGUCCAGAUUUGGAGUUAAGGAAGGGGAGGCUUUCAAUGUGGCACUUUGUGAACUGGCAGGACACCUUCCUGUUAAAACUUCCCAGGAUUUCCACAGUUUGACUGAAGCUUCAGCUGUGAAUCUCAUUCAGCAAUCUCUCCUGCCUCCAUCCCAGUUUUUACAACUUCAAGAAGCUCUGGUGUCCCUCCUGGAAUAGUAGGUGUUUCCCCAGAAUGAUAUUUAUUUUCUAAUUUAUUAUGCCUUUUAGAGGGUUUCUUUUCCAAGUCAUGAAAACUUUCAAAAAAAUUUCAGUUGCCCCCUAUUGUUUGUAAAGGGUAGUACAAGCUCCCUAGAGGUCUGGCAUUCAAAGCCCCUCUACAUUCUCACUUUUCUUUCAGACUUAUUUCAUAUUAAUUCCCUACAUGCCUUCUACAUGUCAGCCAAACUGAACUACUAAACUGCUAUUCUUAAGCUCAGAGUUCCCAACUUCACAUUUCCAGCCAUUCCCUCAAUGCCUGCAAUACUUUCCCAUUAAUGGCCACUUCUCUGUUUUCCUGUACUUUAGGUGUUGUUAACUCUGUGAAACCUUUCCUGACCCAUCUCCCACCCCUAGUUUGUGGACUCUCCCUCCUCACCAUUAUUUUGUAUUCCUAUUUAUUCGUUCAUAAUAUAAGUUCCUAGAGGGCAGAGACCAGCUAUUUUUACAGUACCCUGCACCUGUAGAUGCUUAAUAAAUGUUUCUUGAAUUUUGUUGCAGUAAUACA